AUGUCAGAAUCUGAAUUACACGAUAAGAGACCUCAGCCAGAUGCUGUUGGUGAGGAUGAUGCUCAAACUAAGAGAUUCAAGAGUGAUAAUCAACAAGAAUCAAUGACUCAAGAUUUAAGCAUUCGUGAACCUGAUGUUGGGAUCACUGGGUUUGUUUCUCUUGAUCAUUCUGGCUUCAUUGGCCAAAUCAAGCAAAGGUACACUGAUUUCUUAGUUAAUGAAAUUGGAUUAGAUGGCAAGGUUGUUCAUUUAAAUGAUAAAGGUUUUAAUAUUCCAAAGAAACCAAAACCUUCUCAAGAAGAGAAACAAAAGAAGCGUGAAGAAGAAGCGGCUCAAAGAGCACAAUUUCAACUAGAUCCAGAACUGAGAAAACAAUUAGUAGAUAUGUUGGAUGAAGAAGAUGUUCAAAAAAUCGAAUGUGUUUUUAAAGAAGCUCAAACAAUGGAGACUAAGAAAUUCUUUGACGAUAAGACUGAUAGAACUAAUUUACACAUCUUAUUAAGAAAAGCCUUUAACAACGAAUUAGAGUCUGUCACUACAGAGACAAACACUUUUAAAAUUGCAAGAAAUAACAGAAAUUCUAGAGUUAAUAAACAAAUUCUAACAGAACAGAAUAAAGAUGCCAAUGGUGUGGAAAACUGGGGUUAUGGUCCUAGUAAAGAAUUUAUUCAUUUCACAUUGCAUAAAGAGAAUAAGGACACCAUGCAGGCUGUGAACUUAAUUUGUAAAUUUUUAAGAAUACCAACUAAAAUGAUUAGAUAUGCAGGUACUAAAGAUCGUAGAGGUGUUACAGUACAAAGACUCUCGAUUUCAAAAAUUAAACUAGAUAGAUUAAAUGCCUUGAAUAAAACAUUAAGAGGUAUGCUUAUUGGAGGUUACGAAUUCAAAGAUGAGUCUUUGAACUUGGGUGACCUGUCUGGCAAUGAAUUUAUUAUCACUAUCAGAGAUGUGAAAACUAAAGAAUCUUCUACAGACUCCUUAGAGGAUACUUUAAGUAAAGGUUGUGAAUCUAUUAACAAGAAUGGUUUUAUUAACUACUUCGGCAUGCAACGUUUUGGUACUUUCAGUAUUUCAACCCAUGUUGUUGGAAGAGAACUUCUGAUGGAAAACUGGGAAAAAGCAGCCAAUUUAAUUUUAUCUGAUCAAGAAAAUGUUUUACCAAAAUCCAAAGAAGCCAGGCAAUAUUGGGAAAAAACCAAAGAUGCUGCCGGUACUCUUAAGAUUAUGCCUCAUGAUUGUAUGGCUGAAAAAGCAUUAUUAUAUUCUUUGGCUUCUCAAGAAAAAGAAAGCAGUGGUGAUUACUCUUCAAAUUCAUACUAUAUUGCUAUUAUGAAAAUUCCAAGAAACUUAAGAACAAUGUAUGUCCAUGCUUAUCAAAGUUUUAUUUGGAAUGCAGUGGCCUCUAAAAGAUUGGCAAGUUUUGGACCAAAACCAAUUGUUGGCGACUUAGUAAUUUCUGAAGAAGAACAAUCAAGAGUUACAGUGGAAGAAGAUUCAAAUGAAUUUGAAGAAGAUACAAACCAAGCUAAGUUUAUCCGUGCAAGACCCUUGACCUCAGAGGAUAUAGAGUCAGGCAAAUUCACUAUUGCCGAUAUUGUUUUACCAACUCCCGGAUUCGAUAUUAAAUAUCCUGAGAAUCCUGAAUUAUAUAAAGCAUAUGUUGACCUAUUAGCUCAAGAUAACAUGGACCCAACCAAUAUGAGAAGAAAGGUCCGUGAUUUUUCAAUGGCCGGUUCUUAUAGAAAUGUGAUUCAUAUACCACAAGAGAUGGAGUAUAAAAUAGUUAAGUACAAGGAAUCAACACAACAGUUAGUGAACACCGAUCUUGAAAUGUUAAACAAUAAACGUGCUAAGGAUAACAGCCAGAAAUAUAUGAAAGAUAAACUUGAACGUUACAUGCCAGAUAAAGGGGGUGAUAAAACAGCUGUCGUCAUAAAAUUCAAACUUGGUGUAUCUGCAUAUGCUACAAUGUUAUUACGUGAAUUGAUGAAAUUAGAAACUUCUCGUCGUGGUGACAUGUGUGAUGUGUCCGUCUCUGAUUCCACUUAG